AUGGUCUACGACGGUUACGUCAGCAAGGUUCUCAUUGACGAACUCACCGGCUUGAAGGACGCCGAGAUGGAGGAGUGGAGGAGGGUGUGGGAGGAGGUCAGGAUCCUGCCGACAGGGAUGUGGACGGUGAUAUGGGCACGGGGCGCGUACCUUCCACGAACACGGUUCGACGACAUCCUCGACAAGUAUCAAGCGUACAAGAGCUCGGGCGAUGCGCACCACGACGCGCUCUUGCCGGCGAUCUGGUUCCCCGUCGAUGCCGACACGAAGGAAGGCCAAGAGAAGGUGGAUGCUGCGAUGUUGGCCCUGAUUAGUCGCGUGUCCAUGUGCGCGGCGUAUGGGAAGGUCGCUGCGAGCGUCGUGGAGAAGAUGGAGCUGGUGGCACAGGCAUGGGCGGCAUCGGCUUCCGCCUUGUGGUGCUUAGUCGAGAACGAUGACGCCUCCGUGGACGAUGCUGUGAGAGAGGGGAUGGCGGCGGCGAUGGUGGUCGGUGCGAGCGAGACGACCGCAGACGUCUUCAAAAAAGUCAUGAAGGCGGUGAUUCAGGCCGAGAUCGAGAGGGAGCAACCCCUCAGGGAGGUCGCGCACAACGUCGCGCCGGCUCUGCAGAGUGCCGCUCUGCAAAAGCUCUAUCCGGGGAUGGAUGCAGAACAUGAAGCCGUCGUGGUCGCUAGAGCGAUGGUGGAGACCAUGGCUUUUUGGGGAAUGUGCCCCGUCGCUGGGCCGAAACUCGAGGAGAUCGGUAUCGCUGUGCCUUGUGACGCACAGAUGGAGCACGAUUUUAAAGAGAGGGGAAAGAAGGGGCAGAGGGGCAAGCAGGGCAAGGACAGCACGAAGAAGACGAAGGGGAAGAAGGGCAGGAAGGUAAAGGACAACACGGAUGCGUAG